UCAUUUAGAAACCAAAGCAGCAUUACUACACCUAGCCAAGCAAGAAAUACAGGGAGGAGAAAAGAAACAUGGUUAGUGCCAAGAGGCUUGCUCAGAUGGCAAAGAAGUGGCAGAGGAUGGCAGCCAUCAGGAGGAAGAGGCUCACCCGGACCACGGCAGCAGCGGAAGGAGCAGCCAAUGACGAGUGCUGUGCGACUUCACUGUCGGUGGCCAUGAAGGGCCACUGUGUGGUGUACACCGCCGACAGUGUGCGGUUCGAGGUGCCGCUGGCGUACCUCGACACCGCGGUCUUCGGCGAGCUCCUGUCGAUGUCCCAGGAGGAAUUCGGCUUUGCACGCGACGAUGACGGGAGGAUCAUGAUGCCCUGCGAUGCCGCCGUCAUGGAGUACGCCCUGUGCUUGCUUCAGAGAGAUGCCUCCGUGGAAACCAUGAGGGCGUUCAUGAGCUCCGUCGCGAGGCCGUGCAGCAGCUUUGAUGGCAGCGCGGUGGCACCAUCUGUAGGGCUUGGCCACCAAGUAGGCGUCUGUUAGCUUAGCUUCUGAAGAAUGGCAUGCAGCAGUAGAUUUAGCCCUGUUCUGUUCAUUGCAUGAUGUGAAUAUACAGUAGCAAGUGGUAGACUGGGCAAGGAAAUUGAUGAAAUUA